UUCUCUCUCACUCCUUCUAUCUCUCGGUUCUCUCUCUCCUCCGUGGUAAAUGCAGUCCAAGCUUCUAAGUAGAGGGCUUUUGCUCCAUUUUUGAUGGGUAGUUCAUUUUUAAAGUCAAUUUCAAGAUUGGAGAUGGAUUUUCUUGAGAUUCCAAGAAGAUUAAGCUUUUGGAUUGGGAGAAUUUCUCGUGGAAUUCAAGAGCAAGAGUAUGAUGACCACAGAGAUCAGGAUAUGAAGAUCGUGUACUUGGGGGCAGGUCUCGAAACCCGUACGGGCCACUCCGCAGCGUGGAUGGUAAAGCUUUGCACUAAACUAUGUAUUGGUACUUUGAUACGAGUAUUCAAACUACCGACGGUUAGCAGUUUGAUUUGCAGCACAAUAUUGACUACAAUAUACUGAAGGCUCGAGAUUUGAGAUGGAUUGUUUUAUUACGAUUUCAUUUUUUUUUAAUUAUGAGUUGUACUGUAUUUAGUGUAUGUAAACAGUAUUAGUCAGUACUAUCUCAGAGUUAUAUU